GAGCGUCCGACCUUUGUGACACCCUUUCCUGGUGGUUCCCUCUGCGCUUUCCCGCAGAGGGCAGGAGGCCUAGAGGUGCUGAAAUUACAAAGGUUUGAAGAAAAGUGUAGUUGGAGGAGAGAGUGAUGCUCCUGGCAGGCUAACUAAACAAAUGAGCAGCUGUUUAGCAUUCACAAGGGGUACAACAGAGCUGGAAUACAUACUCUGAAUUGAUGGGGGAGGCAGGAGAAUAAUCAGCUUGGAAAUCACAGUGGGGAUGAAAACUAUGGCUUUCGUUGUGGAAAAGCCUGCUCAUUCUGUCAAACACGAAUAUGGGUUGCUGAUACUUAGAAAAGCUAUUGAAGAAAUGGGUGAAAUGGGCCAUGGAACAUUUACAGCUCAUAGGAUUAGUAAUGUAGAAAAUCUAGUGGUUCCUAUGAGACAUGGUCUUUGCAGCCAGAGGUACAAACCUAUUGACUAUAAACAUCUAUAUGAACUUGCCACUGAAGAAAAAAAGGCAUCUACUAAAAUUCAGUUAAAGGUUAAAAAAAUGGAACAAGUUUCAAAAAUUAACAAAGAGCAAGCACUGCUGAAACAGCAUCAGCAAGUGUGGUGGCAAGAGCAUAAAAGACUAAGUGAGAAUAGACAAAAAGCAGAAGCAGAAAUACAGACUUUUCUUGAUGAAGGAAGCCAUAAGUAUGACUUUUUUUUGGACAUGUGGAACACGGCACAUAGAUUAUCAGAGGAGCGGGAAACAUACCAAACAAAUACUGUAGUUCCUAUCUGGCAACUAAGAGAGAAUUUGAAAUUCAGGCUGUCUGAAACGCAGUAUUGCCCCUCAGAAGAAUCUUGUCCGAAAUAUAAGUUCGAUCCAGUUGAGGUGUUACAGCAGAUAGACUUUGUGAAGAAAGAACAGAAAGCAAUUUUGGAAUUCCUUAAUCUUGAAAGUCUGACUUUGGAAGAAGAGCUUGAAGAAGCUAAAACAAAAGCAUUAGCACAAUCUUUUGAAGAGAAAAAUGGACUUUUCCAUAAAGUUCCUUCAGCACUACUGUCUUUGGAAUGCCCCUGUCCUAAUUUGAAGACCUUAGUUAUCGAUGAAUACCGUAAGCUUGCAAGUGAAUACUGGUCUAAGCUUCAGGAGAUUGAUCAACAAUUAAAUGGCAUAUAUAGGAACAUCAACUGGAAAGAAGACGAUCAGUGGGUUUAUCAGACUGUUAUCAAUCAGUAUCCAAGUGAUCUUCAGAGAAGGAGGACUUUGUACCUCGAUGUGUUGCAGAGAUAUCUUCCUCAUAAAUCUAGGCAUGAUCUGGUUGUUUAUGAGAAAGCUUGGGAUCGUUAUCGUUUCACUAGGAAUCAACGCAAACUUUUGAUAUUAAGUUGGACCCAGGCUAGGAAAGCCUUUUUACUUAAGGCAAUGACAGCUGUUGCUGAAGCCUCUGCUGCUCAUGAGAUGGAAGUAGUAUUGGGUAAUACCAGACGAAAGCAACAGGAGCUCUGCGCUGAUCUGAAAGCAAAGGUUCUACAGUGGAGAGCGCAACAGGAGGAGGCUGCUAAACUAGCAGCUGCUAUAGCUACCAGAAGAAAGCAAAAGAAAGAUGAAAAAGAAAGGCUACAGAAAGAACAGGAGAUGAUUCGUAGAGCACAGGAGAAAGAAAAAGUGAAAAAAUAUUGGGCUGAGAAACAACUCAAGCAGCAAGAACAGGAAGAGAAAUAUAUAGAGCGUAUGGAAGAAUUAAGAAAAUUAAUGGCUGAACAAGCAAUUAAAGGCAGAGAAAGGGUAAAGUUUAGACAAGCAUUGUUAGAAAAGCGAUUGCUGGAGAAAAAGGAACUGGCCCUUCAAGAAACACAUGAAGCAGAAGAAAGAGAGAAGUGCCUUGAAGCACUCCGACAACAGGUUGCUGUUGUUGCAAAACUAGAUCCAGCUAGAGCAGUGUCUGAUACAGUGGCAUCUAAAGCUCGGAUGGGUGUUGGAACUGAAGAAGAAUUUGUUCUUCAAAAGCCACUAUUUAAAUUGCAUACAUACAAUGAACAACAGAUCAUUUCAGACCCUAGGCUUCGUGUUGAGCUAGCUCUUCGAGAAGCUGGACUUCAUAAAACACUUUACGCAAAAGAGAUUUUACCAAAAAUUCCUCCGCUGAAGCUUCCAAGAAGAGAUAUGGAAUCUACAGCUUUUAAAAUGUAGAGGACGUCUCACCUAUCGAGAGCUGAGAGGAUCCUGGGGUACGGUCUUGGCUCUUCUGUGAAAACUUGUAAUAAACUUUCCAUAGGCUGUUUCAUGGAACUACUGUUUCUGCACUCAUCUUAAAAAAAACCGUUUGCGUUUCCUGUGCGGCGCUCAGCGCACCAUUUUACACUCCCCCACAAUCCUGAGCAAAGCUUCAUAAUGCCGUAUUCUUUAGGAACACAAUAUACUGAAAUUGUAAUUUAAUGGUCUCAAGUCGAAUCGAACCCCUUCAACAAAGCUACUGGAAGACUGGGCGUGGAGGGAGCCCCUGUCAAGAUUUAUACACGGUUUAUUCCGAGGUUUUUUCCUAGCAAUGUUUUCCACAGCCCUGCUCUGGAUCGGGUGGAGCUGGUGUUUUAUGAGGGCCGGGGGCUGCCAAUUCCUGAGGCUCGCCUCCUUACUCCUUGGAGCUACGUGGCCAGAAGACGUUUGCCCAAGAAAUCCUAUCACCCCGUUCGCUGCCGUGGUGGAGGUUCGGUGGAGGGUCUGUGGGCUCAGGCUGUUGUGGUAUAACGCUGCAGAACUUGCAGUGUCCUUUUCCACUGGAAGGCAGGACAUCUGUGCAUGAAAGACUCCCACAGAAAUUACAGCCAAUCUGAUAAAUAACGUUUUGAGUAGGCGCUCUGUUUGUUUUGUAAUUGGCAACAUAAAUCCAAAAUAACUUUGCAGAAUGGUCAUUUUAGAUUAUGUUAUGGUAUACAAAUGCAUCCCAUAUAACUUUCAUUCCAGGUUGCUUGAGAAUUUUAUUUUUUUAAUUAUAAAAUCCUCAUUAUCAUGAAUGCUUCUAUUAUUCCUUGAUUAUUAUAAGAAGAAACUUAACCUUUGUCUAUAUUUAGAAACCAAUUUGUUGCAUCAUGUUUACUGCAAACCAAUCACUCAAACAAUUUCAUACUGCAAAUUAGUCUUUCAGAAUAAACUAUAAAAUCAGAAAUAGCAUUUCAGCUCUGGGAUCUUUAUUUUGCAGCUGAAAACCACUGAAUAUGAUUCAAUUAAAUGAAAGGAAAAUUGAUGUCAUUUUAUUUUGUAACUGAUUACGUUUCAAGCCCUGCAUAAGAGGAGUGUAAAAUGGAUGUAAACAAGAUAAAUUUAGCAGUUUAACCACAAAUUUCUAAGGGCAAUAAAUAACAGAAGGAUCUGAACAUCCAUGUUAGUGUAUCUAGGUAAUGAUAGGAACUUCGUUAGUGGGAUAUCGCGAUGUGUUGUCUUGGUCGUUGGAUCACGUACGUGAACUGUCCUGCGAGGCAGGCGGCGCCUCCUCGUUACCUGGUGGAGAGCCUGGGGAUGGGGCAGGUGGUGGCCCUCUCUCUGCUCUGCCAACGGAGCCUUUAGUGCAGGCACGGCACGCGCCAGGAGGGACGUUUUACUGCUAGCCGUUAUAUACCACCUUCUUAAAUGGCUGGACAAAGCGCCCCGAGCUGCCGACACGCGCAGCCCUUUGCCCCACGUGCCGGCCAGCAGCGUCCAGCGAUGUGAGUUUUUCACAGCUCAUGCUGAUGGCAACGUUGAUAACGAUUUUUCGGCUGAGGUCUGAUCCGAGCGAGUGUCUCUGAGUGUCUGGGGAGGGAGGGUGACGCUGGCCUGCGUGUUUGAGGGCACAAACUCAUAAGCGGACGGAGAAGGCAAGAAGGGUGCCAGACAGACCAAGGGGAGAACCUGUGUAACAGACUGGAGAGCAAGGGAAGUUCAAGACCAAGAAAGUGGAGAU